AUGAUGCGGUCCAUACUGUUUUGGGCAGCUGCCCUCGUAUUCCAAGCCACUACGUCUUUCGGCAAGCUGGUGGCCCACGACAAGAGCUUUCACCCAAAACAUGUCCUACGUGUUACCGCAGAGAACGUCUCUGUCGCCUGCGCGUCUCGAUUGAGUGUGCUUGUCAAUGGCACUUCACCAGGGCCUGCAGUCCAUCUGUCUCCCGGGGAGAUCACCUGGAUCAGGGUAUACAAUGAUCUAGACGUUUUCAACAUCACUAUACAUUGGCAUGGCAUCGCCCAGCGAGUGGCACCUUUCUCGGAUGGCACACCACAGGCAUCGCAAUGGCCGAUACCUCCGGGCCACUUCUUCGACUACGAAAUCCAGACUACUCCCGACGAUGCUGGCACAUACUUCUACCAUACACAUGUUGGAAUGGAAGAUGUGACGGCCUUUGGAGCACUCAUUGUGGAUGAUUGCGGUAAGCCUCCGUUUGACUAUGACGAGGACCGUUUUCUUCUCUGGAGUGAUUAUUUCAACAAGACGGACCACAAUAUGACGGUCGGUCUGCAAGAGGUGCCAUUUACGUGGACCGGCGAGGUGAGCUCAGUCUUGCUCAACGGCGUUGGACUUGCGAUUGGUCACGAACCAAAGAACACUGGUGUCUGCGCACUGCCCGUAAUUGAGGUGGAUCCAGGCAAGAAGUACCGUUUUCGCUUCAUCAGUUCAACGGCACUUUCGUUCCUUAUGAUUGGCUUUGAAGGUCACCACGAGAUGACUGUAAUCGGAGCCGAUUCGCGAUAUACCAAGCCCGUCCCGAUCGAUCGCAUGCAGAUCGCCUCUGGCCAGACGUUCGACGUCCUCUUCCAGGCGAAAACGACUGAAGAGCUUCUGGCCGAUGGGAAAACAGACUAUAUCAUUCAAUACCAGACCCUUGACCGACCGUCCACCUACAUCGGGUACGGCGUUAUUCGAUACUCGAACCCAUCAUCGCCUCCUCCAGCAGCUCCAGUGGCGCCACCAUUUAACCUUACGAGCAUUCCUCCAUAUGACUGGCUUGAAUACACCCUCGAGCCAUUAUACCCCGAAGAGCAGAGUUUCCCCUCGCUCGAGGAGGUCACUCGCCGUGUGAUCCUCAAUACUAUGCAAGAGAUCAGCCCCGUGACGGGUCAGGAAAUCUGGACUUUCAACAAUUUCACGUGGACUGAAAAAGACUCCUACAGCCCCCUUCUUGUGGAUAUUUACAAGUACGGUGAAGCCGCUGUGCCAAACUACGAUGCCGCCGUUGCACAUGGCGGCUGGGAUCCGAAUGUCCGUGCCUUUGCAGCGGUGCCGGGGGAAGUGUUGGAGAUCGUGUUUCAAAUGCACGGUUCGAUAGUGAAAAACGAUGGAUCCGAGGACGUUCAUCCUUUCCAUGCACAUGCGAAUCAUUUUUACGAUAUUGGGAGUGGCCCCGGAAUUUACAACGCCUCGGCCAAUGAGGCUAAGAUAAAAAGCCUGGGAUGGCACCCUGCUUUGAGGGACACCACUCUUACUUACGAGUACCAAUCCGUUGCUGGCGCGGGGGUCCCUUAUGGAUGGCGCGCAUGGAGAUUUCGUGUCACAGAACCAGGAGUAUGGAUGAUUCAUUGCCAUAGAGCGCAACAUAUGAUGAUGGGCAUGCAAAUGGUCUGGGCUAUUGGGACUGCAGACCAAAUUCGCACUAUCCCGCGUGAAGAAAGCCAGGGAUAUCUCUUUUAUGGCGGAGACGUGUACGGCAAUGAGACGUAUGCGCCGACGUACCACCACCACUUUACUCUCUCGAACCAGUGUACCCCUGAUGACGAAAGGAAAGGUGCGCAGUGGAAGAAGGCCACCUGCAAAAAAAAAGGACAGAGGGAUCAAUUAGAUGAAUGGAUUCCCUAG